AUGAAUCGAAAGAUUCCCAUAUAACGUUCCAAAAAAAGGAAAUCGAAAAAUUGAAACAAACUAUAAAAACUCUCGAAGAAGAAAAUAGUAUGGAAAUCGAAAACUUACAAAAGUUCACGGAAAACCUCAAAGAAGAAGUAGCUAAGGACAUGGAAGCAUUAAAAAAUAGUACGAGAAACCUCAAAGAAGAGAAGGUAAUGGAAAUGGAAAUAUUGAAAAAUACCAUAAAAAUUCUUAAAGAAGAGAAGGGUAACCAAAUCAAAACAUUGAAAAAUGACAUGAAAACCCUCAAAGAACAGAAGGUAAAGAAAAUCAAAACAUUAAAAAAUAAAAUAAAAUCCCUAGAAGGAGAGAAGGUUGAGGAAAUUGAAACGUUGAAAAAUAGCAUAAGAACUCUAGAAGAAGAAAAGAACAAGGAAAUCGAAACACUGAAAAAUGUCAUAAAAACUCUCGAAGGAGAGAAGAAUGACAUGGUAAUGAAUGAAAGAUCAAAUAAAUCUCUAAAUCAAUCAGAAAUAGAAAGUUUGAAAGGUAUUAUAGAGAAACUUGAAGAAGAAAAAAAAACAGAGAUAUCAUCGUAUGUGGCGGAAAUCGAAAAAUUGAAAAAAGAACUGAAAACGGUCACAGAAAAAUUGGAAGAAGGUGAAAACAGUGGAUGGGUGGUGGUUUCUAAUGACGAACCUGGACUCGUUUGAUCAUUAUGCAGAAGACAAAAAUCAAUAUUUGUGUGUGAUUGUAUGUUUUUAACUUUAAAAUUGUUUUAUUAUGAAUUUUGCCAAUGUUA